ACUGCCUUGUUUCCACUGUUAACUGUAUCAUCUCCACGCUCAGUCUAUGGGUCUAUCUACAAGCUCAAACAGAAGCAGGAAAAUGGAGAACUAUUUCAGUUUGCAAUUUCAAUUUGAUUCUAUUAAAGAGAGCUACUGUGCUUAUAAAAAGGCAGCUUCUGCCAUGUAAGUUUUCUUUUAUUUUCCUCUCUUAAAUUUCUUCAAAUCAUCUUUACAUUUUCUAAUGGCCACCCAUUUUUCCCUUAGCUCUUCACUAUACCCCCAAACCCACAAAUUGCUGUUGAAUCCACGCGAUUACCCUUUCAUUUCAUGCCAAAAACAAGACCGAAGUCUUGAAAAUGAUAGUGAAACCAGUAAAACGCGUAAAGCUAAUAAAACCGAUUUCAAUUUUCUGACAAUACCCAUAACUCUAACUGUAAUCUCCACUUCUUUGCCGGCGAAGCCCGUACUUGCUGCAGCAGCAGCGAAGACUGGCCACAAAAGGAAAACCCAUAAGAAAGCACCACCAGAAACCUUAACCCCAGACCAGCUUAAACAAUGGUCUAAAGAUCUCCCAAUUGUAUCAAAUCGAAUGCCAUAUACUGAAAUAUUGAGUUUUAAAGAAACCAACAGGCUUAAACAUGUAAUUAAAGCGCCCAAGGCUUGUUUGAAAGAACGGGCGGAGGCUGUUUUAGUGGUUUUAGAUGAUAAUCAAGUUUUUAGGACUGUUUUGCCUUCAAUGGAGAGUAAUAAGAGGUUCUGGGAUUCAUGGGAUGAGUUAAAAAUUGAUGCUUUGUGUGUUAAUGCAUACACUCCUCCUGUUAAGAAACCAGAGCUGCCUAAACCAUAUUUAGGAUUUUUGUGGAAAGUUCCGGAGUUUAUGUUAUCAAAGUUUAAGCCUAAGAAGGAGUCCAAGAGAGCUAUGGAGUUGAGGAAAGCAAGAGAGGAGUUUAAAAGGCAAAGGAAAGAGGAGUUGGAAAGAAUGAGAGAGGAAAGAGAAAUGAUUGAAAAGGCAAUAAAAAUGCAAAAGAAAGAGGAGCAAAGAAGGGCAAAGAAGGAAGUCAGGAAAAAGAAGUAUGAGGAGUCGUUGCGUGAUGCACAGAGGAACUACACGCGGAUGGCAAAUAUGUGGGCUGAUUUGGCACAGGACUCAAAUGUAGCCACAUUGCUAGGAUUGGUGUUCUUUGUGAUAUUUUAUAGGACAGUGGUGCUUAGUUAUAGAAAGCAGAAGAAGGACUAUGAAGAUAGGCUGAAGAUUGAGAAGGCUGAGGCAGAGGAGAGAAAGAAAAUGAGAGAGUUGGAGAGGGAGAUGAUGGGGAUUGAGGAAGAGGAAGAGGAUGAGAGUGAGCAAGGGAAAGCAGAGCAAAAUGCUUAUUUGAAGAUGGCUAUGCAGUUCAUGAAGUCAGGUGCACGAGUUAGGCGUGCACAUAAUAGGAGAUUGCCUCAGUAUUUGGAGAGAGGCGUAGAUGUGAAGUUCUCAGAUGUUGCCGGGCUUGGGAAGAUAAGGCUUGAACUUGAGGAGAUUGUGAAGUUUUUCACACAUGGGGAAAUGUAUAGGAGAAGAGGAGUGAAGAUACCAGGUGGCAUACUUCUUUGCGGGCCUCCUGGGGUGGGGAAAACUUUACUGGCAAAAGCUGUGGCUGGUGAGGCAGGUGUGAACUUCUUCUCCAUUUCUGCAUCUCAAUUUGUGGAAAUAUAUGUUGGAGUUGGUGCUUCCCGAGUCCGAUCACUUUACCAAGAAGCAAAGGAAAAUGCACCAUCUGUCGUCUUCAUUGAUGAACUGGAUGCUGUUGGAAGGGAGCGUGGCUUGAUUAAAGGGUCUGGUGGACAAGAACGUGAUGCUACACUUAAUCAGCUCCUUGUAUGCUUAGAUGGGUUUGAAGGAAGAGGGGAGGUGAUCACUAUUGCUUCCACUAAUAGACCAGACAUUUUAGAUCCAGCAUUAGUAAGACCUGGACGGUUUGAUCGGAAAAUUUUUAUUCCCAAACCUGGCCUUAUAGGCCGCAUGGAAAUUCUGAAGGUUCAUGCUCGUAAGAAGCCUAUGGCUGAUGAUGUGGACUACAUGGCUGUCGCUAGUAUGACAGAUGGAAUGGUUGGUGCUGAGCUGGCCAACAUAAUUGAGGUUGCUGCAAUUAACAUGAUGCGUGAUGGAAGGACUGAGAUUACAACUGAUGACUUGCUACAAGCCGCACAAAUAGAAGAGAGAGGAAUGCUAGAUAGGAAGGAGAGAAGCCCUGGCACAUGGAAACAAGUAGCUAUCAAUGAAGCAGCCAUGGCUGUUGUAGCUGUGAACUUUCCUGAUCUUAAAAAUAUUGAGUUUGUCACAAUUGCUCCUAGAUCUGGCAGGGAGCUUGGUUAUGUUCGGAUGAAAAUGGAUCACAUCAAAUUUAAGGAGGGAAUGCUUAGUCGGCAAUCCCUUCUGGAUCAUAUCACUGUUCAACUGGCACCUCGUGCAGCUGAUGAGCUUUGGUUCGGUGAGAGUCAGCUGAGUACAAUAUGGGCAGAAACAGCAGACAAUGCUAGGUCAGCAGCACGAACCUAUGUCCUUGGUGGCCUUUCAGAGAAGCAUCAUGGCCUGUUUGACUUCUGGAUUGCAGAUCGAAUUAAUGAAAUUGAUUUAGAGGCAUUACGGAUUUUGAACUCGUGUUAUGAUCGUGCAAAAGAGAUUCUGCAACAGAACAGAAAACUGAUGGAUGCAGUUGUUGAUGAACUUGUUCAGAAGAAAAGUUUAACCAAGCAAGAAUUUUUUCACCUAGUUGAGUUGCAUGGUUCUAUUAAACCUAUGCCACCAAGUAUACUUGAUCUCAGGGUUGCCAAGCGUGCAGAGUUUCAAGAAAUAAUGAUGAACCAGAAGGAAACAACCGCGAGCAAUUUAUAAGCAAUAUGCUAGGAGAACCCAUGUGGCAACAGACUUGAUCUUUGCUUGGGGUGGCAAUGGGGGAUUAGCCACGGUGAGCAGAGCAGUCAUUACGUUGAAUGAUGGUGCAAAUUGCUGAAUAGCUGUGGUUGUAUCUCUGUGAAGUCAACUUUGACUGAGAAAUUUAAACAUGCCAAAGUUAUCAAUUUCUGGUAAAUUGGUACACAGCACGCAGAGACAAUGGGGGAUGUGUCGAGGGAAACUGAGUUGGGGUGUUUUGACAUUACUCUGACCUUAGUUGGGGUGUUUUGGCGAGAAUUGAUUCAAUUUUGUUAUUGUUUAUGAUCCAAUCAUUAAAUAGAAAUCCUUCGCUUUGCUAUUCCAUGAAUUAUAGUAACAAAACCAGUUGAAGUGUUUUGUCAUUUGAUGGAGUUACCAGACUGAAAAAUGUUGAAACUGUAAUUGAAUCAAUUUUAUGGUAAUGGCUCUUUGAGAGCGCCUCCUAUUGCUUUGUUUUCUUUCAA